UAGGUUUAAGAAUAUGAAACUAAAAACAUGAAUAAUAUUUAUCUACAUCCUUUUCUUCCUAGAUGAACAAGACACUAAUGUUGAGACUGCUUCUCACUUUGACGAUGCUGAAAUAUCGGAGUCUGCUACACAGUCAUUGACACUUCAAAUAACAUAUUCUGGACCCUUAGAAGAAAUUGAUAAAAAGUUGAAGACAAAAAAUCUAGCUGAAUUAGAACUUAAGAAUCAAGAAUAUUUUAAACUUUUCCAAAUGAAAAAUACAGAAUCAGUAGACACGAAAUCCAUUGAAAAGAGAUUCAAGGAUGAAAUGACAGAGCUUCAAAAGACAGGGAUUCCUAGAUUGAGAGAACUUUAUGCUGCCUCCGAAAUACUGGAACGAGAAGUGGUACUUAUACUCCCUGAAUUAAAAAAAGUAUUACAUAUUUGGCCGAUGAUGAAAGAAAUAACUGAAGACAAUCCACUGCUGAUUGAAGUCCUCUAUGACGAAGAAAAGUGUACUCCAACCUUUCGAAAUCUGAAUGAACUUAGUGUUCCAGAAGAGGAAUGGAAAGAUUUUAAGGAUCUUAAUAAAAAUCACAAACGCUGUUUUGACAAGCGGUUCCAUAACGACUUUCAAGUUUUGAAAUCCGAAAAUUUUUAUCCUGAUUUGUCCUUUUUGAAAACUUGUGAUAGGUCGAAAUUUUCUGUUUUUGAGAUUCUAAGUUGUUUUGUAUAUGGUAAUCUUUCAUGCACUCAAUUAAUAGAAAAAUAUGUUUCUGAACACCAACAAGACGAAGUAUUAAGAACGAUAUAUGAAAAACUAGUCGAUUAUGAAACUUAUGUUGGCGAAGAUCAAUUAGAAAAAAUAAGAAAAUUACAAAAGGAAACCGAAAAAGAAGAGUUGUUGAAAAAAAUUGAAGCCAAAGCUUUAAAUGAUCAUUUAGCAAAGAGAAAAAUAACAUCAAAAGGAGAUCUUUUAUCGAUCGCAAGUAUAUUCAGCUUUGAUUUGUAUAUAUGCGCUGGUGAAAUGAAACAACUCAUUCGUCCGAUCUGUACACAAAUGAACCAGGUUUUCCAUGGAAAUUUAAUCCUAAAUUCGAUACCAGACUCAGAAAAUUUAUUUACAGUUGGUCCUUAUUCCUCACAAUCCUGUUUUUGUAAAAUGGCAACACCUGUUAUAAGAGGUGUUUUUUCAGACAUUCAGGAGGAAAUUGUACCAGAAAUAUACAGAAAAAUCAAUUCUUCCUUAAAAGUCUGUUGUAAGCCUAUAUGGACAAGAAAAAGCCAUACUCACCUUUCAUAUUUUCGUAAAUGGUACCAUCCGGAUAUAAUACAAAACAAUUUUCAAAGAAAGAUACAGUUUGUCAAUGUCGGACAUAAAAAUCAGACAGGGUUCGACAAAAAGUUGCUUGAUCUUCUUGAAGAGGAUGGUCGUACAUUGGAACAGGAGCAACACAGUAGUAUCUGCGAAUGCCUUGCAAAAGAAGUGUAUGGAACUACAACAGUUUCCAGUAUAAAGAAGAUCAGGGAUAUUCUAUGUGUAAAAGACAACGAAAAUGAUGAAACCAUUCUACAGAGAGCAGCAGAUAAUCUGAAGACUGAUAUCUAUGUGUUCAAAUAUUUUCUAGAACACAGUCGUUGGGUAUCUUUUCAUCCAAAAGAGAGAAGAACUCGAUGCCAUUUUUACAUCACGUUACUUCAAAUUGCUGAAAAGGAAAACCUCAAAUAUAAUAGGAUAAUACCUGAAAAUGGAUGUAACUGUGGUUAUCUACCACCAGAAAUUCCUUACUUCAUUACAAAGGAUAGUAAAAAAACUGAUUCUAUGACCAUCCCCAGAGCAGAACGACAUUCCCAUUUUGAAAGACUAACAAAAGUUGUAAAGACAGAUCAACUAGCAAGUUACUUUUGUGAUGAACACAGACGUGUUCCCUUAAUCAGUUUUACUUCAGAACAUGCCUUAGUUUUAUCACACCCUGAAAUGAAAGACAGAAUGAUAGACCAUUUGUCUGACAUUUCUUUUUCAAUCUGCAGGUGUAUCAGCCAGGAAAUAUUUGGAACAGAAGAAAAAUUUGAUUUAAUCUUACAAAAUCUUGUUUUAGAAAUAGAAAAAAAUAAACAUCUCUAUGUCCCCUCAUUAGAGAAAAUGCAACAAAAGACAACCAUUGAUAUCGAAAUGCUCGUAAACCUCCUUAAAGAUGGGGUAGAGUUCGAUAACAUCGAACUCUCUGCAGCUGCAAAUUAUUUCCAGUGGCCAAUUUAUAUAGUUAGUUUGGAGGAAUCUAAUGGAGAUUGUGCCGUUAAAUGGGAAACAUAUAUAUCAAAAACAAAACAAGGAUCAAUACUUUCAGAAGAAGAAGAAUAUUACAUGAUAUUCUUCAAAGCUGCCGCUGGUUACUAUAACAGGGUUACCUGCAAAGAUGCCAAAAAUGUUUGUAAUUGCUCUUUAAAUAAACCAAAUGAGAUGGUAGAAGCACGAG